UUGAAUUCGUGUCUUCCUGACUCCUGUCCCGGUGCUCUGUCCACUCUUCUCCUAGCUAUAAGACGAUUGAAGUCCCGGCGCUAGAUCUACUCCCACAGGGUCCACCACUCUCGGGGGCCAUUCCCGCUCCAGCAGUCUCUGAGCGCAGGUAGAUUUCCAGUUGGAUUAUUUCACAGUCCGUCCUCGUGUCUUCAUGUAUCUUCAUUCCGUCCACUUGUUGGGUCUGUUAUGGAGGAAAUUCUUAGUCCAGAACAAAUUGGACUCGGCGGCCCGAAGUCCUUUCUGCCUCUGAGAUCCUGGCUAUGCCAUCUUCAAGGGGGACCCCAACGCCUAACCUUCUCUCUUACCCCGGCAGGUACCUUCUGUGCAGUCCAGGAGCCGUGAGCAUCAUGGCGUCCCCCUUGCACAGCAUUCGGUUGCCACUGGAUGACGACCUGCUAUUGAUGCAGACUGGCUCUGUGCUACGCAAAGUGAAGUCCCGAAGCUGGAAGAAGCAGAGAUACUUUAGACUACAGGAUGAUGGAAUGACCGUUUGGUAUGCCCGGCAAGCUGGUGGAAGAACCAAACCCAGCUUCUCCAUUUCAGAUGUGGAGACAGUGAGAGAGGGCCAUGAAUCAGAACUGUUGCGGAGCCUAGCGGAUGAAAUCCCCCUAGAGCAUGGUUUCACCGUUGUUUUCCAUGGGCGCCGCCCCAACCUGGACCUGGUGGCAGGCAGCAUCCAAGAAGCACAGAGCUGGGUGCAAGGACUUCGGCGUCUGCUGGAGAUUAUUACUAGCAUGGACCAGCAGGAGAAGAUGGACCAAUGGUUGAGUGACUGGUUUCAGCAGGGAGACAAAGACCAGGACGGAAGGAUGAGUUUCCCAGAGGUGCAGCGAUUAUUACGUUUGAUGAAUGUUGACAUGGAUCCCGAACAUGCUCUCCAGCUCUUCCAGGAUGCCGACAAGUCAGAGUCGGGGAUGUUGGAAGGAGAGGAGUUUGUGGAGUUCUAUCGGGCUCUGACCCAGCGCUCAGAGGUCCUGGAACUGUUCGACGUGAUCUCGGGCGACGGCCAGAAGCUGACGCUGUUGGAGUUGGUGGAUUUCCUUCGGGAAGAGCAGAAAGAGGGAGAGCAGGCUUCCGACCUUGCCUUGGAACUAAUCAGUCGCUAUGAGCCGUCGGAGAGUGCUAAACUGCGGCACGUCAUGAGCAUCGAUGGCUUCCUGGCUUACCUCUGUUCCCCAGACGCAGACGUCUUCUCUCCAGCUUGCCGACCCGUCUACCAGGACAUGAGCUAUCCACUGAAUCACUACUUCAUUCACUCCUCCCACAACACUUACUUGCUGGGGGACCAGCUUCGAGGACAGAGCAGUGUGGAAGGCUACAUACGGGCUCUGAAGCGGGGAUGUCGCUGUGUGGAAGUGGAUGUUUGGGAUGGACCCAGUGGAGAACCAAUUGUUUACCAUGGACACACUCUGACUUCUCGGAUUCCCUUCCAAGAUGUCGUGGCUACAAUUGCCCAGUAUGCCUUUCAGACAUCAGACUUCCCGGUUAUAGUGUCCCUGGAAAAUCACUGUAGCCGGGAACAACAAGAGGUCAUUGCCCAACACCUGACGGAGAUCCUGGGAGAACAACUGCUCAGUACCACCUUGGAUGGGCUCCUGCCCACCCAGCUGCCUUCACCAGAGGAGCUUCGAGGGAAGAUUCUCCUGAAGGGGAAGAAGAUAGGGACGCUUGAGGAGGAGCUUGGGGAGGCUCCAGGGGACCCCGAGGAGCUGGAAGAACCUGGAGAAGAAGAGGAGGAGCCUGAGCCAGAACUGGAGCCUGACCCUCUAGACUUUGAUGAGACAGCCAGAAAUGAGGGCAAGAGGAAAGAGAAGAAAUCAAAGAGUGCCCUGUGUCCAGCCCUGUCGGCCCUCGUCGUUUAUCUGAAGAGCGUUCCAUUUCGAAGUUUUGCCCACUCCAAGGCUCACUACCGCCUCUACGAGACAUCAUCCUUCUCUGAGGCAAAGGCCCGGCGCCUGGUCAAGGAGGCGGGGAAUGAAUUUGUCCAGCACAAUGCAUGGCAGCUUAGUCGUGUGUACCCCAGUGGCCUGAGGACAGACUCCUCCAAUUACAGCCCUCAGGAGCUCUGGAAUGCUGGCUGCCAGAUGGUGGCCCUCAACAUCCAGACUGCUGGGCUGGAGAUGGACCUCUGUGAUGGCCUUUUUGGUCAGAAUGGCAACUGUGGCUAUGUGCUGAAGCCAGCUUUCCUGUGUGAUCCCCAAAGUUCCUUCCACCCUGAGAGGCCACCCAGUCCCAAUCUGACUCUUCUCAUUCAGGUAAUCAGCGGUCAGCAGCUACCUAAAGUGGCCAACAGCAAAGAGGGCUCUAUUGUGGACCCCUUGGUGCGGGUUGAAAUCCAUGGAGUGCCAGGAGACACAGCCCGGCAGGAGACCAGCUAUGUGGAGAACAAUGGUUUUAAUCCCUACUGGGGGCAGACCCUGCAAUUCCGGGUCCGAGUACCAGAGCUCGCCCUCCUACGAUUUGUGGUGGAAGAUUAUGACAGGGCAUCAAGGAAUGAUUUUGUUGGGCAGUACACACUGCCUUGGGCCUGUGUCCAGCAAGGUUACCGUCACGUACAUCUUCUCUCUAAGGAUGGAACCAGUCUCCACCCAGCUUCCAUUUUUGUGCACAUCCAGAUCCGGGAGGAGCCGGAUGAGGAUGAAGACUGAGUGAGAAGCAUCAGCAGGAGUUUAGGUCUUGGCUUCCUCAAGCCUUUUGCAUCUUUCCUGCUUUCUGCUCCAUCCUCCAGCUCUCCCUGGAAGCUGCUCUUUUUGCUGUGGUCUCUGCCCUGAACCAGGCCCAGAACUCUCACUCCCAUACUGGGCCAAAGGCUACUGCAGAAAUGAAGAGGAAGCCUAGGGAUGAGGAACCCCAAAGGAGUGCCAGGAGUUUCCAGGCAGAGCCAUGCAUCCUUUGCCAUAAGUAUGGCACUAAGGGAAAGAAGCCAGGACUCCAGGCAGGGCCUGUGGGACAGCCAGACCAUCCACCCUGAGCUUCACUGUGUCUGACCUCUGAAGAGCAACAUGCAAUUCCUCUCUUGGACAUCCCGUUAAGUCUUCUUCCUAGGCCUGCCUGGACAAAAUGCAGCUCCUAUCCUGAUUCAGUCUAGAGUGUGGCUCAUCCUUGUUUCAGAGUAGAGAGAUGUGCAAAGGCAAAAAGGCCUGAGCAAAAAGGAAAGGCAGAGGCCAGCUUUGCCAGGAGUUGGGGGCAGAAGGUAAGAUAAAGGGAACAAAGCUGCUGAAUAAGAAGCAGAAAAGUCCCUGGUGGGGUGGAUGGCAAAGAAGGGUAAGGAAAGAAAAAUGCAAAAGGCCUGAAGCCAGAUCUCACCUAAGGCUCCUGGAUCAUGGAGGGAGGCCCUGGAGGGGCUGUCACCUCCAGAGCCCUCUUUCCCCAACAGGGUCUUUGCCCUUCAGCUCCUGAAAGCUGCUGGUCAGCUUCUGGGUGUGUCUCAGAGCUGGGGAUUCCUAUGAAAAAAGAGGAAAUACAACUGUUUAGCUGUUUUAGGACUCUCCUCUUGCUAAAACCUCCUUUAUCUGAGCCUUUCUCAGAGCUGGGGUGAGGCUUGAGACUAAUGUAGGGACCCAAGGAAUAGGAACAAGGAUGAGAGUGAAGGCUUGCAUUAGUCUUGUAUCUGACCCUAAAAUGGAAAGGUUUCAGAGAACAGUCCAAGAAGGAAGGGCAGAAUAAAGUGCCAGCCUGGUUAAGGUAUAUUAAGAAAAAGACAGACAUGAAUCUGAAGCUAGAGAUCACAUCCCGUUUUAAGUUGCUUUGUACAAAGUAUAUGCCAUUAGAUGCUUAAUAAAGAUGUCCUGAUGAUGAUGCAA